GUUUCAGCAGCUCGACCAGGACGGGGAGGUGUGUGGGGCUGCGCACAAACACUGAUCACGUUAGCAGCUGCGUGUUCUCCAGUAUACGUGUGUGUAGUUGAGUGUACUUUGGGGUUUUUGCAGUCAGGAUGUUGCUGGAGUUGCUGCUGUUCGCUGUGCUGUUAGUCGGAAGUUAUUUUCUUCUUCACUUGACUGUCCUCAAGUUACCCAGAUGUAAAAGUACCGCAAAGUUACACGGCAAAACCGCCCUCGUUACAGGAGCAAACACUGGCAUCGGUAAGACCACGGCAAUGGACCUGGCCAGGAGGGGGGCGAGGGUGAUCCUGGCCUGCAGGGACAGACGGCGAGCAGAAGCUGCUGUCCAGGAAAUCAUCCAGGAGACAGGAAACAACCAGGUGAUCUUCAUGCAGCUCGACCUGGCCAGCCUGCAGUCCGUGCGCUCCUUCGCUGACGACUUCCUCCGGUCCGAGUCCAGGCUGGAUCUGCUCAUCAACAACGCCGGUCUGAUAAACGGCGGAAAGACGGAGGACGGCUUCGGGAUGAUCUUUGGCGUCAAUCACUUGGGUCACUUCCUGCUGACGGUGUUGCUCCUGGACCGGCUGAAGGCGAGCGGGCCGAGCCGCGUGGUGACGGUGGCCUCCAAAGCGUACAGAAUGGGGAAGGUUGAUUUCAACUGUCUGACGACGCACAAAGACUUGGAUUUGGGCGGCAACGACUAUCAGCUCUUUAAGAAGUACUGUCACAGCAAACUGUGCAACAUCCUGUUCACCUACGAGCUCGCCAAGAGGCUGCAGGGCACCAGCGUCACCUGCUACAGCCUCCACCCCGGAGCAAUAAAAACGGAAAUCGGACGUCAUGGCGGCUUCUGGUGGAAUCUCAUUCUCACACCCAUUGUCUUUCUUCUCUUCGUGGAUGCUGAGUCCGGAGCUCAGACUACACUCCACUGUGCCCUGGAGCAAGGCAUCGAGCCCCUCAGCGGUCACUUCUUCAGCCGCUGUGCGCCGCUGCUGAACAUCGAAUCGAAGGCGAGAGACGACGCUGCGGCCAAGAAGCUGUGGGAGCUCAGCGAGAGUUUCUGUGGUUUGUCCUAAAGCCACACCUGACACCUCGCUGUCACCACGAGACACUGAUUGCAGGACGAGGUCUCCGUUUUGUGUGUGUGUGUUUCCUGUGUGGCGCUUUGAAAACAAAAGAGUCUGACCAUCCUUGACGGGCUCUAAACCGUCUCUUAGGUAUGUACGAUAAAAAUAACGUGUUUGAAAGGUUUGAAAGUGAAACUCUUGUUAUCUGUCACAAGUUUGUCUUAAACAGAAGUAAUGGAAACUCAUCUGUUGUGAUGUAACUGCAGUGUUUAAUUAAAAACUACAAUCAGUCUCAUUUCAUAAAUCAAGUCAAAAAUAUAAAGUAAUAUCUUAAGUUUG